AUGCCACCAGUCUUGCCGGAUUUCUCCUCCUCCGUGAAGCUGAAAUACGUGAAGCUGGGCUACCAGUACCUUGUUAACCACAUCCUUACAUUCAUACUAAUCCCCAUCAUCGCAGCCGUCGCCCUGGAAAUCCUCCGCCUCGGACCAGAUGAGAUCAUAACCACCGUAAAAUCCCUCCGUCUUGAUCUUGUUCAAACACUAUGCUCUGUGUUUCUUUUACUCUUCAUCUCCACCGUCUACUUCAUGUCAAAACCUCGACCCAUUUACCUCGUCGACUAUACAUGCUACAAAGCUCCGAUCACGUGCCGUGUCCCCUUCUCCACUUUCAUGGAACAUUCAAGGUUGAUCCUCAAGGAUAACCCUAAGAGUGUUGAGUUCCAGAUGAGGAUUCUUGAACGUUCUGGAUUAGGUGAAGAGACGAGUUUGCCGCCGGCGAUUCAUUACAUCCCACCGACUCCAAACAUGGAGGCCGCUAGGGGUGAGGCUGAACUCGUGAUUUUCUCCGCCAUUGAUUCUUUGUUUGCGAAGACAGGAUUGAAACCGAAAGACAUAGAUAUUCUUAUAGUCAACUGUAGCUUGUUUUCUCCGACGCCGUCGUUGUCGGCGAUGGUGGUGAAUAAGUAUAAGUUGAGGAGUAACAUCAAGAGCUAUAACUUGUCCGGUAUGGGAUGUAGUGCAGGAUUAAUCUCCAUAGAUUUAGCUAGGGAUUUGCUUCAGGUUCUUCCGAAUUGUAACGCUAUGGUAAUUAGCACUGAGAUUAUUACUCCAAAUUAUUAUCAAGGAAACGAACGAGCGAUGCUCCUUCCUAACUGCCUUUUCCGGAUGGGCGCCGCCGCGCUUUUGUUAUCCAAUAAACGCCGUGACCGGAGUCGUUCAAAGUACAAGCUCGUUCAUGUCGUCAGAACCCACAAAGGUUCCGACGACAGAGCGUACAAAUGCGUAUACGAACAAGAAGAUCCUCAAGGACUCGUCGGAAUCAACUUGUCAAAAGAUCUCAUGGUGAUCGCCGCCGAAGCUCUGAAAUCCAACAUCACAACCAUCGGUCCUUUAGUCUUACCAGCAUCUGAACAGCUUCUCUUUCUUUUCACUCUCAUCGGCCGGAAAAUCUUCAACCCGAAAUGGAAACCCUACAUUCCAGAUUUCAAACUAGCAUUCGAGCACUUCUGUAUACACGCCGGCGGGAGGGCGGUGAUAGAUGAGUUGCAGAAGAACCUCCAGUUGUCGGCGGAGCAUGUGGAAGCUUCAAGAAUGACUUUGCACCGGUUUGGAAACACGUCGUCGUCGUCGCUGUGGUAUGAGUUGAGUUACAUCGAAUCAAAAGGGAGGAUGAAGAAAGGUGAUAGGGUUUGGCAGAUAGCGUUUGGAAGUGGUUUUAAGUGUAACAGCGCCGUGUGGAAGUGUAACCGGAACAUAAAAACACCGACCGGCGGACCAUGGGAAGAUUGCAUUGAUCGGUACCCUGUGGACAUCCCGGAGAUCGUGAAGCUGUGA